AUGGGGAAAAUAGUAAAGACCACAAAGUCAGCUAAGAAGUUCACCUUCAGCUCUUUCAAAGAGCGUGUGGAUACUAUAAAAAUCGAACCCACCCUUAAUUUAAGUCAAAAAGUUUAUGAUGAUGUAGAAUCAUCUCAUUUCAUAAGUACUGUAACUCAUUGGAGUGAAGUAAAUUUGAGUAAAACUUUCAGUGAUUUCUUAUAUGAAAUAAGAGAAAUAAGUAACUCAUUACCACAGAUCAUAUAUCACCAGGAAAAGAUAUUCGAAAGUUUGAUCAAGCAUAUUGAAAUCAAUGAUUCAUAUUCAAUUCAACCUUUAUUAGAAGUAUUAUCACAAUUUAUUCAUGAUUUAGGACCAGAUUUCAUGAAAUUCUAUGAAAGAACUUUGAAGACAUUAACCAAAUUAGCAUUAGAAAUCAAUCCCAACGAUAUACAGAAUAAUAACAAUUCAUCAAAUCUUUUAGAAUGGAUAUUCAAUGGUUUGACUUUCAUCUUUAAAUACUUAUCCCGUUAUUUGGUUGAUGAUUUCAAUGCUACUUUCGAAAUCUUAUUGGAUAUUUUGACUUUAAAUAAGAGAAACUAUCUUUCUAGAUUUUGUUCAGAAGCAUUAUCAUUCUUAAUCAAAAAGAUGAAAUCUGAUCAAUUAUCUCAAGUCAUCGAUUAUUUAUUGAUACAAAACCGUGAAAUUUUCAUCAACAAUGCCACAUAUAGAUCUUCAUUAAUUAUAAUUUUCAGUGAAUCUAUGAAAUCAACUAAAGAAUCAUUCCACUCAAAGUCCAUGUUGGUAUUCACUCAUCUUUUAUCAAUCGAUAUUAAUAUCUCCAAGUUUUUGAUUUCUGGAAUCUUAUUAGAAGUUUUACUCCAUGGUAAUUCUUCUUCAGCAGAAUUGUUCAUUACCACUGUCAUAGGUAGUCUCAAAUCAUCGAUAACUACUGAUAAUCUUGCAUCGAUAUUGGAAAUAUUGAUUUCCUUGAUUUUCGCUGAAUCUGGUAGAAAAGUUAAGAGCUGGGAUUUGCUUGUAAAUACUUUAAUUCAAAUCUUACAACUUUUACCAAAAAUUGAGGCUGAUAGUGAAAUCAUUGAUAGAUUAUUGUUCUGUUUAACCAUUUUAGUCAGAAAUUGUGAAGUUUUAGCAUUGAAUAAGAGUAUUAAGAAGAUCAUAACCUUACUCAUAGAUUUUAAACAAGGGAUCUAUUUCAUACCAUUUGUUGAUUCAAGUUUGGAAAUGUGUCAACAAAAAAUUAUGUCUAUAAAUAUUAAAAGUUAUCUCCAAGAUUUCAUUAUCAAGCAUACCAAUGAUGAUAUAUUGAAACAAUUAUCCUAUUUCCUUUUCAAAAGACCUUCAUUUGAUAUUUCCAUCCCCAAUACUUUGAUUGAAGAAGUAAGUUCAUCCAUUAAUUUAUCUUCUGUGGAAAAUGAUAACUUACUUGAUAUUCAUUGGAGAUUGAAUUUAAUCAAACACCUGAAUAAAAAACUUUCAUUCAUGGAGUUCUUCAAUAGACUCCCACUUGAUUCAUUAUUUGAAGCUGAUUUGAUAGGUUUGUCUUUGAAUCUUAGUGAUUUCACCAUCGAAUAUCUCCAAUUCUUCCAAGAGAAUUUUGAAUUUUUACAAAAAUCAUCAAUUUUCAUGGACCUUUUCCUGAAAUAUUUACUGGAAAUUGAUAGGUUGGAAAGUAAAGAUGAGUAUUUCAAGUUAAUUUCAAUGACUUCGGAAAACUUGUCUUUGGAUGAUAACAAAUUGAGACUCAGUUCCAUUGGUUUCAUCAUUAACUGUUAUAAUAUUAUGGACAAAGAAUGUCCUGAAUUAUAUUCACAAAUCAGAUUGAUUGAACAAAUGCCAUUGACUAUUAAUAACGCCAGAGACAUUCAAUUAAGAAUUAGGAAUUUGGCUAUAGAGUUUGGUCAAAUGGAAAAGGAAGAAUUGCAUUGUAAAAUCAUUUCCCAUUAUUACUUUGGAUUAUUAACUAAUAAAUUCCAACCUUGUUGGGAAGGUGUUUUCGAAAACAUCCCUACUUUAGUUAAUACUUGCGAGGGUUACAUUUGGUCCUUGACUAAGAAAUUCUUAGAUCACAAGGGAGAUUUCAUUAACUAUCUCAAUAAUCACGACCCAAUGUUUGUGGAUAACGAUGAAGUGGAAGUGAAUUUGAUCGAUACCAGGAUCACUGACAAUUUCAGAAAUUUGGAAACUAACUAUUAUCUCAAAUACAGAGUGUUAGCUGAAUCAAUUUUAGAAUUUGCUGAAACUUCUGGAACAAAAUUAACCUAUUCUUCAAAUGUGAGAGAAUUAACUUUGCAAACCAUACUGAAAAUUCCAGAAAUUGCUGAAAAUAAGGUAAAUUAUCAUGAACUUGUGGAAUAUGUAUUGAAUUCCGAAUCUACUAAUAAUUGGACUUCCAAAGAAAGAGAUUCUUUGUUAAGCAUUUUCCCUAAGUUCAAAUCUUUAAGGUCAUUGGACAGCUCCAGGGAAUUGUUCAAUAAAGCUAUGGAUAUUUUGACCCUGAAAAAUUUGAAAAGUCAGAAGUUGGCUUUAGAUGUGGUGUUAAAUUAUAAAGUUGGUGGUAUCAACAGAUAUAGAGAUAAUUUGAAGAAUCUUUUGGAUGACACUUUGUUUAAAGAUGAAAUUACUACCUUAAUAACAGCUGGGAAUGACUCCUUGAUAGAGGAUGAUGAUGUGGAAUAUGUUAUGCCUGUUGUUUUACGUAUUUUUUUCGGUAGAGUCCAAGGAAGUUCCAGAAGUAAUAGUAAAGCUGGUAAAAAGACAGCAAUCAUCAACAGUCUUCCAAUUUUGAGUCAAGACUUGAUUAGUCAAUUUUUAUUAUUGGGAUCAGAAAAAAUCAAAGUGCAAGAUGUCAAGACCAUCUCAUCUGUUGACGUUCCAAUCAAAAAAAUCAAUGGUUACAUUAGUUUGUUGACUGAAGUGUAUACUGUAUUGGGACAUAAUUUCAAGGAUUCACUUGUGACUACCAUUGAGCCAUUGAUUUAUUCAAUCUCUGCUGCUCAAUUGAGAAUUGAUCAAUUUAAACUCGAUGGUAAAGAUACAGGAGUUGAAGAAGAUCCAGAAGAAGAAAUCAAGACCAUUGAAUCAUCUAAGGAAGAAGAAAUUAUAAUCAAAAUGUCAAAGAAUAUCCGUCAAUUGGGAAUGAGAUGCCUUAAUGAUUUAUUUAAAUUAUUGGGUGAUUAUUAUGAUUGGGAACUUCAAUUCGAUACCAUUUAUAACUUCAUAAUCAAACCAAGGUUGGUCAACUUCGCUGAUGAGAACUUACAACAACCUUCUUCAUUAUUGAAGAUCAUCACCAGUUGGAUCAAAAUUCCUAAAAUCGGAAAGUUCUUAUUGAUCGAUGAUUUUAGUCCUGUCAGAUCAAUCAUUUCUUUGAUCGAGAACAGAAAGGCUAAAGAUUCUGUCAUUUCUUUGGUGUUGUCUUUCGUCAUUGAUUGUUUAGAAACCACUGUUGACGAUGAUGAUUACUUUACUUUAUUGGCUUUGAUAAUCGAAUCCCUUUUCAAAAACUUACCUGUGAUCAUUGAUUCUACUAAUGACGCCGAAACUAUCAAUAAAGCCAUUACUAUCCUUUUAUUGUUGAUCAAAGGGGAAUAUAUUGAUAAUGACUAUACCAGAAACACUUUAAUCGAGUCAUUAACCAAUGCUUUCAGCAAACCUCCUGGUAAGAUUGUUCCUUCUGAUAGGGAAAAGAUUUUAAUCUCAUUAACUUCUUUGGUGAGAGAUUGCAAUUUAUCUUCAGAAGAGUUUUUACCUUUUUAUAAACAAUUUUCAAAAGGUUUCAAGGUAUUCUCAGAGAAGGAGAUCAGAUUCCAAUUGGUUCAAUUAUUCAACGUUAUUGGUGGUAAGUACGACGAGUUCAAAGAGAUUGCCGAUGCAUUGGCCAAAGUCAAUUCUUUUGUCACUGAACAUAGACGUUUGGGAGAUUUUGAUUAUGAAGAAGUUUUAAGUGGUUAUAAAAUGAUUAAUGAAGAUUUAUAUUCUCACUUAACAACUGUUCAAUGGUUACCUAUAAUCUAUGCAGCUUUGUAUUUCAUCAAUGAAGAAGAAGAAUUGGUUGUUAGAUCAAAUGCUACUUAUACCUUGAACCAUUUUGUUGAUUGUUAUUCGAAUUUAAACGAAGAGCAAGCUGCUGAAUACGUCAAGUUCAUGAAAGAUUUGAUCAUGCCCGAAAUUAGAUUGGGUAUCAAGAAUAGCAUUGAGGUGGUUCAAACCGAGUUCAUCAGUCAUUUGGCAUACAUUGUAAAGAAUUCAAAUCAUUUCACUGAUCUUGAGGAUAUGAAGAUUUUGUUAUUUAAUAAUGAUGAAGAAGCUAAUUUCUUCACCAACAUUAAUCACAUUCAAAUCCAUCGUCGUCAAAGAGCCAUUAGAAGAGUGGCAGAAUUAAGAAAUGAAUUGAAGAGUAGUAGUAUUUCUCACUACAUCUUGCCUAUAAUUGAAAAUUAUGCUUAUAAUGCCGAUGAAAAAUUAAGAAAUGUAGGUAAUGAAGCUAUCGUAUCUAUCGGAUUGUUGAUCAGAUGUGUUUCAUGGAAUCAAUUCAAAUCAUUGAUCAGAAAAUACGUUGCAAAAUUAAGAGUGUCUAAACCUGAAAAUUUGAAAACUUCAGUAUCUAUUGUGGUAGGUGUCUCAAAAGCUUUGUAUUUGUCUUUACUUGCCAGAAGAAACACAGAAAGUGUGGACAUUCUUAGAGAGUUCCCUAGAGAUCCCGAACAGGAAAUUGACGGGUUGAUUGUUAGGGAUAUAGUUCCUACAUUACAGAAGAUAUUGAAUCAACGUAAUGAUGAAACUAUUGUCGAUAGAAUUGUUAUUUCCGAAGCUUUGGUAAAUUUGAUCAGAUGUAUUUCUGAAAACAAAAUUCAAGAGAAUUUACCGGGACUACUCACAUCAACUUGUCAAGUUUUAAGAUCUAGGUCAGAAGAAUUGAGAGAUGCUGCUAGAAAAUCACUUUGUCAAAUUGUUAAAGACCUUGGACCUAGAUAUUUCAAAUUCUUAUUACAAGAAUUGAAAGGAGCUUUAACCAGAGGUUCUCAAAUUCAUGUUUUGAGUUAUACAAUGCAUGCAUUCAUGAUGGCCAUUCAAGAUACAUUAACCCACGGAGAUCUUGACGAAUCUGCUAAUAUAAUAGUGGGAAUCAUCAUGGAAGACAUUUUCGGGGCUGCAGGUCAAGAAAAGGAAGCUGAAGGUUACACUAGUAAAAUGAAGGAAGUCAAACAUAAGAAAAGUUUUGAUUCUGGUGAACUUUUGACGUCUAAUAUUUCAUUGAAUGAGUUCGGUGAAAUCAUUAACCCUAUCAAAUUGAUUUUACAAGAAAAAAUAUCUUUGAAAAUCCAAAACAAAUUGGAUGAGUUACUUAGAAGAUAUGCUUUAGGUUUAAAUCAUAAUGAAGAAUCUACUUCCAGAAAUAUCUUGAUUUUGAGUUUCCAAAUCAAUAAACAAUCCGUUGAAGUUUUCAAAGAAGAAGAAGUUGUCAAAAAAGGUCCAGUGAAACCUGUUCAUAAAUUCAAAACUAAUCCAGAUGAUCAUUUUUUGGUUAAAUUGAAUGCUAGACCUUUGAAAACUCAAGUAGAUUUCAAUCUUUAUAUGUUCACUUUACAAAAGUUCUCAUUUGAAUUGUUAAGAGCUGCUAUUUCAAGACAUGAAGAAUUGUUAACUGUGGCCAAUAUGCAACAAUUUGUACCUUUAUUAGAACAAGGGGUAAAUUCUAGUCAUGAAGGUUUGGCUGCAACAUCUUUGAGAUUACUUCACACCAUCAUAAAACUUGAAUUCCCUGAAGAAGUGAAUAAUACUUUCAAAUCAUGUGCCAGAAAAGCUUUGAGUAUUAUUAAAGACAGUCCAAGUACCACUAAUGAGGUUUGUCAAGCUAGUCUUAGAUUUUUGGCCACUUUGAUUAGACAUAAAUCUGAGGUCAACCUUAAAGACACAGCUGUUAGUUAUGUAUUGAUCAGAAUCCAACCUGAUCUCGAAGAACCUAAGACUCAAGGUUUAGCUUUCAAUUUUUUGAAGUCAGUUGUAGCUCAACAUAUCUUGUUACCUGAGGUUUAUGAUAUCAUGGAUAGUGUUUCUAAGAUCAUGGUUGUUAAUCAUAAUAGAGAAAUUAGAGAUAUGGCUAGAAGUGUAUAUUUCCAAUUUUUGAUGGAGUAUGAUCAAGGAAGAGGUAAAUUAGAGAAACAAUUCAAGUUUUUGAUCAAUAAUUUAAGUUAUGAAACUCCUACUGGUAGACAAUCUGUAUUAGAAUUAGUCAAUUUGAUUGUCAAUAAGGCUGGAGAAGAUUUAUUGAACAGAAUAGCUUCAUCAUUCUUCUUAACCUUGGCCAAUAUCUUGGUCAAUGAUGAUUCCAAUAAGUGUAGAGAAAUGUCUUCACUUAUAAUCGCCAAUUUGAUUAAUCAUUUGAAAGGAUCCAAAUUAGAUAACUUGAUUAAGUAUACUAACGCAUGGUUGACUCAAACUGAAAAUGAUCUUUUGUUGAGAUGUGGAUUAAGCAUUUAUAAGAUUUAUAUCAACGAAUUCAAGUUCGGAACCAACAGUGAAUUGGAUAAUUUGGCUUUGGACAGACUUAAACAAGUAUUUGACCAAUCCAGUAAACAUGAUGAUGAAAGUGAAGCAGAGGUUGAAUGGCAAUUAAUCUAUAGUUGUUUGAAUGUGUUCACAACUAUUUGUGGUCAAGAAAAACAGAAUAUUGUUGGCGAAGCAUACGAAUCAAUGUGGAAAUCAAUCAUGGAUACAUUAUUAUUCCCUCAUUCAUGGGUAAGAUUGACAUCGUCCAAGUUAGUUGGAAUCUUGUUAAGUAACCUAUCAAGUUGUGGAUUUGAAUUAUCCAAUUUGGAAAUUCAAACUAUUGCUUACAGAUUAUUACAUCAAUUGGGAGCUCCAUCAAUUACACAGGACCUUGGGAACCAGGCCAUCAAAAACUUGGUGUUGAUAGCCAUGAAAUGGGAAACCGAUAGUACUAAAUUUGAAAAUCACGCGAAGGUUGAUAGCGAUGAGCCUGAAGAAAAGAAAUAUGAUUUUGCCAUUGAUUUCUUGAUUCAUAGAGCUUGUUCUAUUAUAAGACAAGAACUCAGAGAUUCUUUGAUUUCCAAACAAUCUUCUAUCAAGUUAUGUGCCAUGGUAAUACAAAUAGUUAAACAGAAAAGUUUAUUAGAGAAAAUUUCUGAAGAAAUAUUACUUUCUUUAUAUGGAUAUAACGAAGCCGAAGGAUCCACUAACACAGAACUCAAUGAGUUAGCCAGUGAAUGUAGGGAUAUGAUCGAAGAGAAGUUGGGAGGAAUUAUAUACUCUUCCAUUUAUACCAAGGUCCAAAAAACGGUCUAUUUCAGAAGACAAGAGAGAAGAACAAAAAGAGCUCAAAUGGCUGUCAAUGCUCCUGAAAUUUCUGCUAGAAGAAAAAUGAAGAAACAUGCUAGGUCAAGAGAUAAAAGAAGAAGAGAUAAGGAUGCUGAUGGUUAUUAUCAUACCAAAAAGAAGAAGAGAACCUAA